GCUUAGCAACAUGAAGGCAUUGGUUCUGUUCGUGAUCGGCGUGGUCGCGGCCGAGGCGGCGCUCGCACCCGCGUCUCCCGCCCGGGACAAGCGGACGCCCGACGACGACGACGUGCUCCUGUACCUGGCCUCCCGGCGCUCGCCAGUCGGGGCGCGAACCCGGUCGUUCUUCCGGCCGAGGCAGAGCUUUGGCGGCCAAAGGACGCCCUUCUAUUACUUCGACGACGACUUCUUCGACUUCGACCGCAAGAAGCGCAGCACGCCACAGCGCCAGAAGAGAGAUCUUGACUUCGACUUUGAUGGAGACGAUGACGAUUACGUGUUCUACCGCGCCCUGCAGCCGCAGACCGCCACCUACACCGCCACCCAGACCAGGACCACCGCUGCCGCGGCCCGCGCUAUGCCCACGCCCGUUUAUUACUACGCUGACAUCGACGACGAUAUUUUCGACCGCAAGAAGCGAUCAGCUGACUUCGAUUUUGAUGACGACCUGAAACUGUUCCGGUAUUCCUUCGGGCGCCCCGCCACCUACUCCAUCCGGGGCAGGACGUCCUACGCCCCCGUCGCGCCCGCCCCCGUCAGGGUCCGCUACUACGACGACGACUUCCUCGACUUCGACCGCAAGAAGCGCUCGACGGACUUCGACCGCAAGAAGCGCUCGGCGGACUUCGACCUCUACGACGACGACGACGACGCCAAGUUCGCCGUCAUGUACAGCCAGCCCAGCUACACCCAGUUCACGCGGGCGGCCACCGCCACCCAGCCCGCCCGCACCUUCUAUUACUACUAUGACGACGACAAAUGAACGGAAGCCACGCGGUGCCCGGGCGCUGAGCCUUCGCCGUCGGAGGCGGGAGGGCGCGGGCGCCUCGGGCGGAGUGGCACUCGAUGUAUUUGGCUCUGAUUUCCUGUAAUAAAGAUUAUGUUUGGAUAUC